AUGCAAGACAGAAGCUGUGGUCAGGCAUUACCUCUUUCCUUAAUGCUGAAGGAGGCUUACUGUGCAAAGAGAGGCACCAAUGAAGGAUACCGUGAAAAUAUAUCAGAAGCUUUUUCCUCCCAUGACUUUUUCUCUGAUUCUCUAUCAGACAUACAGGAUGGGGAAUUUUCAAAUGAACUCUCUGCCUUCCUCACCCAGGAAGAGAUAUGUAAGAGCCUUGACAUAGCUCAGAAAGCCAUUGCCAAUUCUGUAAAGGAGGAUCAGAAGGCAGCACCAGAAUUCACUCCUUAUUUCAACACCUCUCUUUCUAGCCCUUCAGAAAAGGCUUCUUUCAGAGAGACCAAAACACACAAGCAAGAUGCUUUAUGGAGGCCUCAAGCAAGCAGCCUGACUUCAUCUGCUGCAGCUCACGUUCUCCGAGAGAAUCAGAAGGAGCUGCCCAUGUCACCGCAAACAGCAACUGGUUUCGUUACAAUCUCCAGGAAGCAAGCGAGCGCCUCACCUUUACUAACUGCUAGUCCAAGCUUUAUUCGAAGCCUGAAGCAUUCAGAGAAACGUGAUCCAAGUGUGCCCAAGACAAUCCCAAAAUCUAAAUUAGCAUCCCAGGGAGAAGUUUCUUUCAGAGACAAGCUGUGUGACAAAGCUGCCACAUUCAUUGAGGAGCUGUCAACUAUAUUUAGAGAAGCAGCAAAGACGAGAGGCCGAAGUCCUGAUGGAGACUCUUCUUCUCCGGACAGCGGAUACCUAUCUCCUAAGAAGAAACAAUCAGCUAUGAUAAGUACCUCAGUGAACCAGGAUUUUGACAUGCCGCAUCAGGGGACUGAGCCUGAGGCAAAAUUACCUGGAGUUCAUCUCAAUGGAAAACACUUUUCUGAGAAGAGCAGCAUCACUCAGAGUGAAACAGUCCUUUGCCAACCCUUCAUCAGCAUAGAUGAGAAUCAAUCUUCAGCACCUCGAUUCACUCAGAAGCUCCGUAGCCAGGAAGUUGCUGAAGGAACCAAAGUACUGCUGGAAUGCAGAGUUGCUGGCAACCCAGACCCUGAUGUCAGAUGGUUCUGUGAAGGAAAAGAACUCCAGAAUUCCCCUGACAUUCAGAUCCGUUCUGGAAGUGGAGGACUUCAUUCACUAAUUAUAGCAGAAGCCUUUGAAGACGAUACUGGACGCUAUACUUGUCUGGCUUCAAAUUCUGUUGGUUCAGAUAGUACAUCUGCUGAAAUAUUCAUUGAAGGUGCCAGUUCCACAGAUUCAGAGAGUGAAAGUUUAAUUUUCAAAUCAAAAUCUGGAGCUAUGCCACAGGCCCAAAAGAAAACCACUUCUGUUUCCUUAACAAUAGGAUCUUCAACACCAAAGUCAGGAGUCACCACUGCUGUUAUUCAGCCUAUCUCUGUGCCCAGUCAGCAGGUUCAAAGCCCUACUUCACAUCUCCACCGUCUAGAUGGAUCCAAGCCUAUCUUUUCUGCACCUGUUUUUACAAAGGAGCUACAAAACUCCACAGCAUCUGAGGGACAAGUUGUGGUAUUGGAAUGUAGGGUCAGAGGAGCCCCUCCCAUUCAUGUCAAGUGGUUUCGACAAGGCACUGAAAUUCAAGAUUCUCCGGACUUCCGAAUUCUCCAAAAAAAGCCACGAUCUGCAACUGAACCUGAAGAGAUAUGUACCCUUGUAAUUGCAGAAACAUUUCCUGAAGAUUCAGGAGUUUUCACGUGCACAGCAACAAAUGAACAUGGGUCAAUAACAAGCAGUGCGCAACUGAUUAUCUGCUCAGCCAACUCAGAAAGCUCUAACCAUGAUUUGUUGACAAGAGAAUCCAACAGUGAUGAUUUCAACCAUUUUCCAUCACUUCCUCCAGUUGAAAUUAGCUCUCUUGAGCUUCCUCCUAAAAAACAUACUGAGACCCACCAGGUAAACAGCACUGAAUUGAGAUCUGAUCUGACAGCCCUUCAAUUACAGCACAAUUCAUCAGAGAAAAAAACAAAUCGUAUUCAUCCCAUUCAUGGAGUAAACGGAAUGAUUAACAGCAGUCCAAACAGUGAUAAAUCCAUGCCCUCUCCAGCUGUCUUGCUUUCACCCACAAAGGAGCCACCUCCCGUGCUUGCCAAACCAAAGCUGGACCCUCUAAAAAUACAGCAACUGCAGAACCAAAUUCGUCUGGAGCAAGAAAGUGGCCAGCGGUAUCAUCACCAACAGCAAGCUGAUCACCACCUGCACCCUCCCUCUUCUCCUUCCUUUCCUCCUCCCCCCUCCUUCCAGGAGCUUGAAUCCAGCCAGUCUGUCACUUCUGUGCCAAUGAGUAUUCUCAACUCUCAUACUUCUCCCACCAUGCAGUCUUCCAGCUCCUUCAACUAUGCUCGGCCUAAGCAGUUCAUUGCUGCUCAGAACAUCAGCCCUGCUUCAGGUUAUGUGACUCCUUCUUCAGGAUCAUCUACAUCCAGCCUUCCCUCUCCUAUGUCUCCAACUGCUUCUCAGAAACAGUUUGGGAGAGCUCCUGUCCCUCCUUUCUCCCAGCAGUUUGCUCCAGAAGGGGAGUACCCAUGGUCUCCUUCCUCUCCAUCCCCUCCCCCACCACCUCCACCUGUCUUCAGUCCAACCACAACAUACCCUGUGUGUGAUUCCUUUCCACUUCCACCUCCUCCACCCCCUCCCCUUCCUUCAGUUUCUUCCCCUUCCCACAGCCUGUCUCCAACUCCUAGAUUUUCUAAUUCCGGCCAAUCUCCAGCAGCUUUUCUCAGCUCCAUGCUGCCAUCCCAGCCACAACCCGUUUCUGUCAAUGCACUAGGGCUCCCGAAAGGAGUGACACCUCCGGGAUUUCCCAAGAAAACAGGCAGAACUGCUAGGAUAGCAUCAGAUGAAGAGAUUCAAGGGUCAAAAGAUGCUGUAAUUCAGGACCUGGAAAGAAAACUUCGUUUCAAGGAAGACCUUUUGAACAAUGGGCAACCGAGGUUGACAUAUGAGGAGAAAAUGGCUCGUCGGUUGCUGGGAGCAGACAGUGCUGCUACUGUCUUCAAUAUACAAGAACCGGAAGAGGAGCCGGCUAUACAGGAAGCUCGCUCUAUUGAUGCUUCUGUAGUGAGUCCUGUGGAUAUUCAAAAGGAGUAUAAAGUCUCCAGCUUUGAGCAAAGACUGAUCAGUGAAAUUGAAUACAGGCUGGAAAGGUCUCCUGUGGAGGAAUCAGAUGACGAGGUGCAACAUGGAGAUGAUCCUAUUGAUAACAGUGCGUCACCAUAUUUUGAGAUAAAGCUGAAGCAUUACAAAAUCUUCGAGGGAAUGCCAGUCACAUUUACAUGCAAAGUGGCAGGAAACCCAAAGCCAAAGAUUUAUUGGUUUAAAGAUGGGAAGCAAAUUUCAAAAAGAAGCGAUCACUACCAAAUUCAAAGAGAACCUGACGGAACUUGCUCGCUGCAUACUACAGCCUCCACCCUGGAUGAUGAUGGGAAUUACACUAUUAUGGCAGCCAACCCACAGGGCAGAGUAAGCUGCACUGGAAGGCUUAUGGUUCAAGCUGUAAAUCAAAGAGGCCGUAGUCCUCGGACACCUCCUGGUCAGCCUCAUGUUAGAAGACCACGAUCUCGAUCAAGGGACAGUGGUGAUGAAAAUGAACCAAUUCAGGAACGAUUCUUCCGGCCUCAUUUCCUGCAGGCUCCUGGAGACCUGACUGUGCAAGAAGGAAAACUCUGCAGAAUGGACUGCAAGGUUAGUGGAUUACCAACUCCAGAUUUAAGCUGGCAACUUAACGGAAGACCAAUUCGUCCUGAUAGUUCUCACAAAAUGUUGGUGCGUGAGAAUGGUGUACACUCCUUGAUCAUAGAACCAGUCACAACUCGAGAUGCUGGAAUCUACACAUGUAUCGCCAGCAAUCGAGCUGGUGAAAAUACAUUCAGCCUGGAGCUCAUUGUUGCAGCUAAGGAAGUACACAAAGCACCUGUGUUUAUAGAGAAACUACAAAACACAGGCGUGGCUGAGGGAUAUCCAGUGCGACUGGAGUGUCGAAUCUCGGGGGAGCCAUCUCCUCAGAUAUUUUGGAAGAAAGAGAAUGAGUCACUCACAUACAACACUGACCGAGUGAGUAUGCACCAGGAUAACCACGGCUACAUUUGCCUGCUUAUUCAGGGAGCUAUGAAAGAGGAUGCUGGGUGGUAUACUGUUUCAGCUAAGAAUGAGGCUGGGAUUGUGUCUUGCACUGCCAGGUUGGAUGUUUAUACCCAGUGGCAACAACCGCCUCAGACAACCAAGCCAAAGAAGGUGCGGCCCUCAGCGAGUCGAUACGCAGCACUUUCUGACCAGGGACUAGACAUCAAAGCAGCUUUCCAGCCUGAAGCAAAUCCAGUUCAUCUUACAAUGCCGUCUGGCCUGGUAGAAAGCGAUGAUCUGUAGAUCCAACCUGCCACCUCCAUCUUUCUUUCAAAGCGGAAACACUGAAAGCCAUUGCCUUGACCAAUGAUAUUCCUAUGUCACUUUAUGCAAAGGCAGACACCUUCAAGUACAAAAGGUAAACAACAAACACAGCAACCGUAUAUUCCUUAUUCAUUAUACCAAAUUAGAAGAAUAGCUAGAUUAUUAAUAGAAAUGUACACAUUGCACAACAAAUCACAUUCACCAGUUCCUUAUACCUAAGUUGCUUCAGCUCUUAUGAAUAACCCUUUUCGUAAAGGCCAAAAUACUACAGUGAGACAGACUUUUCAGAAGGAAACACUAUUUAUCACUACAUGCCUUCGUAAGCAACAAGUUAGAUGCUACACAAUCUUGAUGGUGCAAAAUAUUUUAUCUGAGGCCAUUAGAUCACAAAAUUAGAAUGUAUGGUUAUCUAUAGUUCUAAAAUGGCAAUGCAUUCUGAUAGCUACAAUGAACAAGUGCAAUAUUGUAAGAAUAAAACAAGAAGGGACAAGGAAGAGAAAUGUAAGCAAAUGCUGCAUCUCUGCAAACUGCUUUCUAUUCUACAAAAAAAAAAAAAAAAACCCAACCUUGCCUUAAAUGCUGUUUGUAUGGGCAAUCCUAUAAUGGAACAUUGACACCAUAAUUUUUAAUUCUUUUGUAUUUUUCCUUUUUGCCACCUAAUAGGAGGCUUACUUUUAAACAUACAGUAAAGCUAAUUUAAGCAUAAAUAAUGUAACCUCUUCAAGAUUAUGGAGAAUAAGAGCUGAGUGUAAUAAUAGUCUACUAUGGACUAGAAAUCUAGAGGGGGAAAAAAAAAUGCCAACAAUAUGAACCACUGCAUUAAGUUACUGCAAGGGGUUGGAGGGGGGGACAGGGGAAGACAUUGAAACUCUCUAUGGGUUUCUUGCAAACAGUCUGUAACCUUGUAAUACUACCAUGCAAACAUUUGAAAUUCCAAGGACACUGAGAAAUAGGGAGUAUAGGUAUGGGACAUCUGACUGUUUAGAGCUUCUGUAGUAUGUAUGAGGAUUUUUAGGAAUGUAUAGUAAGUGAAAAAAUGGGUUGAGACUGCAAUAGGAAUUUAAAAUGACAAGUAUACACCAUUAAGUGAUAGGUUCACAGACCUGAGGAAGUAGAGAAUGAAGCUGGACUACAACAAAAUUUGUGCCUUUUUUUUUUCUUAUCACAUGUCUCUGCUAGUUUUUGUUGUUGUUGUUGUUGUUCUCCUCCCUAUUGUAGGCUAAUAACACCUUUUUAAUGGAUAGGGUCUGUGAGCAGUAGGUGAAAUACCUUAAGACUAUUUUCAGAAUGCAAAUCCACAUCAAACUGGAGCCCUACCUAGUCUAACCUGACUAGGUAGUUUUAAAUUAGAACCAAAUGAAUUUCAGACGAAGGGGAGGGAGGGAUGGAAGAAUUAGUAGGCCUGACAAGAAAAAUGAGCAUUUGAUGGUACGAGCAUACUUCGCUAUGAAAGGAAAACACUGUAUUCCUUAUAUGAAGCACAUAUAUGGUAUCUUUCAUUAUUUAUAAUAAAAGUUUUGAAAUCUUUUAUCUCAGUUCAGUUAUUCAGAAGUCCUGUAUUUAGGAGUUUUUUUAAUUUUGUAUUUGUGUACACCAUAUAUUGCAUUACUGCUAUACAUGUAUUGCUCUGUAAGUACACAAAGUUUGUUUUGUGUUUUUUUUUUUUUAGUGACUAAUAAACUUUAGCACAUAAGGUAGUACUAUUCUAUGCAAACUGGUGCAGGAUACGACCAGUUAAGGGGAUCGUUACUCUAAAUUAAUGUCAUAGUCUGUCAUAUUUGAAUAAUCUGAUUAUAUUCUAGAAAAAGGAUGUCAUAUCAUUUGCCAAAUUUUUCUUGACUGUGACAUGCUAAUUUACUGGUUUUUUUGUUUAGCUUCACUAGCAUUAUUUUGCCACCUUUUAAUUGUAUUUAUAAAAAUGUACUAUCAUUACUUUGGAUUGUUGUGCUGAUAUAAUGUGGGUUUAACAUCAAUAAAUACUACACAAAUAGAAAGUUUUCCUUCUGGUAAAGGCUAUUAAAUGUUUCAGUACAAGCGUGCAAGUGUAAGAUUUAGAAAUUUAACUAUUAUGAACACAAGUGAAAUGAGGGCUAUAUGGAGUUUCUAAAAAAUGCAUAGAAUUUAUCAAAAUAUUCUCCUUGUGACACUGAAUCUUGUUUAAAGAAAAGAGGGACAUGACCCACAAAUCUGGAGAAACUCUUACAGAAUAAAAGUACUUGAAGAUGCUUUUUUUUUUUUUUUUAACUAACUAACUUAGGUUAGAAAAUGUGCAAGUCUGUUUUAUGUAUCUAGUAUUUGCAAUAUGACAUUACUUACAACUUUUUCUAAGUAAGGGCAAUGUGCAAGGGCUGUUAAAUUGGUUUAAGAGGAGACUUCUAAGUAGGUAAUAUCAAAAUUAAGCAAAUAAAUAAAAUGUUAAGCCUUACUUGUAAAACCUUA